CGUUCUUUAACUGAUUUUUUGGUAUCCACAAUUUAAUUUUGUCGGAUUAAAAUUUAACUUUGAAGCAUUCGGUUUUCUUCUUAAAAGUAACCAGCAACAGUGCUUCAAGAUAAUUUUAUUUUCCUAUAAUAGGACUUUUAGACCAUCAAUUUCAGGCUAAAACUUCUGAUCUAUGUUCUUUCACUCUCCUUGAAACUUCCGUUUCCUUUGGCCGAUGUAAGUGCCUUUAGAGUUAUUCGCGAUUGUCCUUUUUAACCCUUUUUAAGUACGAUUUUAUUCAGUUCAUUCCCGAAAAAGUUAAUUGCAUACAUUAAUAUCUAACUUUUUGGGAAUUAUUGAUGCGAGGCGUAACAACAAACGGUCUUUUUGUUAAUUUAAAAUUUGUAACAUAUUUUGUAUAAUUAAAUUCCAUUCCAAUAAACGGAAUAUUAAAUCUGAUUAACAUAUUAACUAUUACGAAGAAAUAAUGUUCGUAUGGAUUUCCAUUGGGUCAUUGUUUCCGAAUAAAUUAACGGAAUAGAGUAGUGAAUCAAGGCAGCCCCUUCUACAAUCGUUGGAAGGGUAGUACCGCCCCUUGUAUUGGCGAAAGCUCCCAGAUAUUGCCAAGAUUCGGGACGGCGGGCAACUUUUUCUAACUUUAUCCAGCACACGAAACAUGCAAGCCAUGUUGCAAAAUCAGAGAGCAACACUUUUAACUGUUUUAACGAGAACCAUUAGAAAAUAACGGGUAUUGGUAAUAAUAAAAAAUAAUGUCGCAACCCAGCGGUAAAAAGGGGGGUUCUAAAGGACCUCCGAAAGAUAAAAAUUCCGGGGAUGACGCGAAAAAAGAGGAAAAAGACAAAGCACCUCCCCAAGAUAAAGACGAUCAGGUGUCAACUAAUAACAAUAACGGCGUUAACAAUAAUGGAGAGGCGGAAGAAGGUGCUGCACAAAAACCGCAAAGUGCUGGAGCCGUUGUAAGGGAUGCUGGACAAAAGGUGUUAAGUUUGUGCCAAAAGAGUGAGUGGUCUCCGGUGGACCAAGUGUUGAAAUCCAUCGAGAAAAGUAUCGCAAGUGCAGGAGAAGAUGCCAACACUGCACCUCUUGCUGGUAUUGCCGAUCCUGCGACUGGGAUGACACCUUUGAUGUAUGCAGUCAAAGACAACAAAACAUCUCUUAUAGAGAGACUCAUAGAACUGGGAGCAGACGUUACAGCAAGGAAUAAUGUAAGUUAUGAAGCACAGCUUAAACGCAAUGUUACAAAAAGCCCAUCAUCAUUCAUCAACGGCGUUAGUUCCCAUUCUUAGUGUCCAAAAUCUUUAAAUGAGGAAGGCAUCAACUCGCAUCAUCAUCAUAAGGUUGUCAGUCUUAAGACUGGUUGGACACGCACCUUCACUCUUUCCUAUCCA